CCGUCCGGCGGCAGCCAUCAGCUCAAAGGUAGGCCAAGAUGGGCGCUUACAAGUACAUCCAGGAGCUAUGGAGGAAGAAGCAGUCCGAUGUAAUGCACUUUCUUCUCAGGGUGCGCUGCUGGCAAUACCGCCAGCUCUCUGCGCUCCACAGGGCUCCCCGCCCAACCCGGCCCGAUAAAGCGCGCAGGCUGGGGUACAAGGCCAAGCAAGGUUAUGUCAUAUAUCGGAUUCGUGUACGUCGUGGUGGCCGCAAACGCCCAGUUCCUAAGGGUGCUACCUACGGCAAGCCUGUCCAUCAUGGUGUUAACCAGCUAAAGUUUGCCCGAAGCCUUCAGUCUGUUGCAGAGGAGAGAGCUGGGCGCCACUGUGGGGCUCUGAGAGUCUUGAAUUCAUACUGGGUUGGCGAAUAUUCCACGUACAAAUUCUUUGAGGUCAUCCUCAUUGAUCCAUUCCAUAAAGCUAUCAGAAGAAAUCCUGACACCCAGUGGAUCACCAAACCAGUCCACAAGCACAGGGAGAUGCGAGGGCUGACAUCUGCAGGCCGCAAGAGCCGUGGCCUUGGAAAGGGUCACAAGUUCCACCACACUAUUGGUGGUUCUCGCCGCGCGGCAUGGAGAAGACGCAAUACUCUCCAGCUCCACCGUUACCGCUAAUAUAAGUAAUGUUUGUAAAAAAUCUUACCUAAUAAACAAUUUAGGACAAAAAAAAAAAAAGAAAAGAAAA